CAAUUUUCGCGGUCCUCACAAAAAAAAACCUGUGCUGAAUCUCCACUGUCUUGCCCAGCCUCCUGCGAGAUUAAAUAGAAGAUGAACGUUUUUCGGCCAAUUCUGCGACCUCUGCGGCCUAUGCCGUUUUCCCUCGCCAGGGCCUCGGUCUGUGUGCCGCCGACGACGACAACUUUCAAGCGGACGAUUGUCUAUCUAGAUGGUCUCGUGGAGGAAGACCGGGCGACAAUCAACCAGCCUAGUCCAGAGGUUUUGAAGCUCCAGGAAGAAUCCGAAAAAUACGUCGACGAGGCUUGGAACCGAUUGACUGGUGAACACGCAGCUACGUUUUCUCUGCCAAAGGAUCUGCUGUUGCAGGUCUUCACACAUAAGAGUUUCCGACACGGUGUUUUACCUUAUAACGAGAGACUGGCAUUCUACGGCCGACGACUAUUCUCAUUACAGGUCGCCUGUCUGGUCGCAGCCCAUAAAUCGGACGGCCCUACCUCCAUCGCUGGCAGAGACGUGGAGGCUCUGAAGAGCAAAACUGCCCAAGGUUUACUACACAGCAGAGGCUCUAUCUUCAAAAUUGCCAAGGAGUCAGGCUUGCUGCCUAUUAUUCGGUGGGCGCCGGCCCAAAAGUUUGACAAUCUGAUGGAGGUCAACCCGCGGACAACGGGUCUACUCGAAGUUGGAGCGCAGACCGUCUACGCCUCGAUCGGAGCCGUAGCGAUGUGCCAUGGCGGAGCAAAGGCGGAACAGUUUAUCAAAAAGGUGAUCAUGGCGGGACCGUUCGGUGUUACGAAUGCCACGGAGUAAGUCGAGAGCCUGAGAUUUGCACACUCCAAACUGCUGGAGGUAUCAUGAGAAGGAAUGGGGAUAGAGACCUGUUGGUGUAUCAGGAUUGUAACAUAGUCUAAAAAGUCAUUCAAUAUAUAAAGCCGUGUACAUACAACGAACGGACCGUGCUAAUCGAGGAGGGAGUAGCAGUCCAUGUUUCUGGAUUUUGCUGGCGAGAGAUGCGUUCUGUGGUUUCAGAAAUGGUGCAUGAAUGCAAGAAACGUAUUAUCUACGUGAUUGAGGCUAACUGCCAUCAAUAACCUGGCCAGUUUGUUAUAGCGAAAGAAGAAAUGCCAGGUGCUUUUGAUUUUCGGUGCAAAGAUGCUGGAUUUAAAGCUCCAAAGUUCACAGCUCAGUCGCAGUUAGGUCUU